AUGCUCGAUUUCAUUACAAAGGCCAUUGUGAGUGAAGUGGCGAAAUUGGCUACUACGUCAGCGCUUUCCGUACGGAUUACUGUAGAAGAGUGCAGCGCUGACAGCGUUGUUUGGUUCCAAAAUCGUCGUGCCAAGUUUCGACGACAGGAAAAGCAGGACAACCCGAUUGCUGAAAUGCCGCCAGUGAAGCAGGGCCAAAUCCCAUCAUGGUCAUGGAUGGCACAGCAGUCGAACACAAACUCCAAUGAGGAAUUCCCGCCGCCAUUCUCGACGUUCGAUCAAAAACCCGUUCUUCGCAGAUCUGAAGCCGUCAUUCAUGAGCUACAUGCCGUACCAACCAUUUCCCAGCGGGAGGCUUCGGUACAGGUUUGGCACCCGUUGGCUUGCCGAACGGUCUCUCCACGCCAACCGGUUUCCACCAGAAUCCUGCACCAUUUCAUGUGCUACCGUUUGGCACCCGUUGGCUUGCCGAACGGUCUCUCCACGCCAACCGGUUUCCACCAGAAUCCUGCACCAUUUCAUGUGCUACCGUAUCCAUCCGAUAACCAUCAAUUAGACCACCACCUGGAGUCGUUUCCGAAUUUGUCGUAA